GCAAAAACCAAGCCAUGAGGUUGAAGGAAUUGUCUGCAGAGCGACGAGACAGGAUUGUGUCAAGUCUCAUAAAAGCUCUGCUGUUGCUGGUUCCUGGGAUCCUGACUGAAAAGGAACAUGGAUCAAACCCCAUCAAUUUGACAAUAGUCAACAGCAUCUCCAAUGCACCCAAUGAGACCUACAGUGCUGACAUUGUGUUCAGAGGGAUCCUACUCGGUGCCAUGAGGAGACUGCAGCAGACCAAUGCAGACUUCAAGUUUACCUGCACAGAGAACUUCAACUAUGGUCCUUUCCUGGAGAGUGUGAAUGGUGUAGCCGGGAACAAUGCUGAGCACACUUACUGGGAGCUCCUUGUUCAGACUGGGAAGAAUGGAUCUGUGAUCAGACCUGACGUGGGUAUUGGCUGUUACAUCCCAGAACCAAAUGACCACAUCAUCCUGAAUUUUACAAAAUGGUGAACAGUCAGAAGAAGCGCCUGACUGAUACUGGUUCAUGAUUUGAAAAAGUGCUGUUGUCAUAAAUUGGCCAUUACUACCUUACUUUUUUCCUGUUAUGGCACAUCUUAAGACUGUUUAGAAUGGAAAAAUAGAGUUUCACCAUGAUACUGUUAUAUACCCAAACUACUGUAAAAUAACAUUCCAUUUGUAAUUACUGUGUCAAAGGUUAAUAAAGUACAAGUAGCUUUGGAGUACCACUUGUAUGGGGAAAUAAAAUGACUGCAACAGUAAA